AUGACAUUAAGGACAACAUCAGGUUCUAUAUCUGGAAGUGUAUUGGACACUGAAAGAUAUAUUAUUCGUUCCGGUUUGGCAGUUGUGAUUAAUAACUCAGAAUUUGAUGUUAGCCUUUGCCUACCUGAUCGUCCUGGUAGCCUUGAAAAUGAAGCUAAGCCUCUAGAAGAGAGAUUCAAUGACAUUGGUUUUAAAACUAUUCUUCUAAAGGAUGUUACAAAGGAGAAUAUGGAGAACAAAUUCACUGAAAUAAAGGAUAACUUAACUAAGAAAACAGAGCAGAUAGACUGUCUAAUCAUAGUUAUGUUGACACAUGGUAAUGCUGACAGUGUUUAUACCAAGGACCAAGCUGUUCAGGUCGACAGUAUCAUGAGCUGUUUCAGUGCAGAAAACUGUCCCGAACUUAUUUUGAAGCCCAAAAUUUUUAUUUUUCAGGCGUCUAGACAAUUAUCUCCAAAUAGUGGUGCUGGCAUUGUCAAUGAAAAAGUACAACAGGAAAAGAUUCGUGUUUCCGAAGAUGUAGAAGUUGUUCGUAUACCAAAUGAGGCAGAUUUCCUUGCAGUUUAUUCUACAGCAUUAGGUGAAAGAUCAUUCCAACAAACAGAGAAGGCAUCACCAUUUGUACACUAUCUUAUAGAUGAGCUUAAGAACAUGGAUAAAGACGAUGAUUUCUACAGUGUUCUGACCAGAGUAAAUAGUCAAGUAAUGCAAUUUGAGCCCAGUCAUAACGCGACUAAAGAUAUAAGACAGAUGUCAUGUUUUGUAUCACACCUGACGAAGGAUUUGUAUCUGAACAUGACACAUGAUUAACUUCAGCAAGGAUUUUAACUUUAAUAAGAUAGAAAUGUAUUUUGAUUUGAUAUCAGAAAAUGUAAUUUAUAUGGUGGGGGGAUUGUGAUUAUUUAGGAGUGAUACAACACUUACUUUUGUAACAUGGCGUUAGGAAUUUAUCCAGAUCAAAGAUAUAAUGAUACUACUGUAAACUAACUUAUUUUCGCGUAUACUUUAUUUCGCGUUUUACCCUUUCUUGCCCACUUCGCGGCUAUUUAAUUUUGCGAUUAUCUGAUUUACUUGAUGAAGUUAAUUAAGGAAAGAUCAAAGAUUGACAUAUUCGCGACGAUUUAUAUUCGCGUUAUUUUUCUACGCGCGAAAGUCGCGAAAAUAAACCGCUCGCGAAACUAAGUUGGUUUACAGUAUAUAAAAGUUCAUUGCAUGGUGUUCAUCUUGUUACCAGUAACAAUUAUUGUAAAUUAUAUUUUAUUGUGAAAUGACAAUAAAUCGUCUAUCUAUAGAAAACAAUACAUGUAAAACAAAAAUGAUUUACAAACAAAAAGUUGUUGCUUUAAUAAGCUAAUCUCCUGUUAAUGUCAAGUAUACCCAACAUAAACAGUUUUUAUAAGAUUAUAUGACAGUGUUAAAAUUACACGGUUUGUAAUAAUUUAUCAACAUAAUUAUGGUGAAAAUGAAAAAUCCUUUUAAGAUGUUCAAUAGUUUUAAAUUGUGACAAGGUGCCUUUAAAUCACCAGCAGAUUAUAUGUUUAGUGUAGAAAAAUUGUCAAAGAAAUUCAUUAAAGAAAAUUUGAUUGAUUGUAUGUUUCAACUCAAUACAUUAAAAAUUGUAAUAAUUCAUCAACAUAAUUAUGGUGAAAAUGAAAAAUCCUUUUAAGAUGUUCAAUAGUUUAAAAUUGUGACAAGGUGCCUUUAAAUCACCAGCAGAUUAUAUUUUUUAGUGUAGAAAAAUUGUCAAAGAAAUUCAGUAAAGAUAAUUUGAUUGAUUGUUAGUUUCAACUCAAUACGUUACAAAGUUGCUUUGAAGGUGGAAUGUAUAUAAAAAAAAAUCGACAUGCUAAAUUAUAAAUCUACCAAACAUAUGGAAAAAAAAAAACAUGUUCGGCAAAAAAAAAAAAAAUUUUUUUAAGACAAAUCUAUUGAUCAGUUUAUAUUAAAAUCUAAGAAUAUUUUUCAACGACUUUAAAAUUUUCUAUAAAAAUUUUCUUAUUUAUUAUGAUAAUUUAACAUCGAAUAGGUCAAAGCAUUUUUUUUUACAUUCAAGCUAAAUUUUCAAAUCCCAAAGUAAAUUGCAAAUAUGUAUUAAAAAAUGUUUUUAUAUACCAAAUGUUUAUAAUACAUUUAUUUGUACACACAUGCAUGUUCAUUUAUUUUUUCAUAUCUAAACAUCAUAACUCAUGGCAAUCGAAAAAUAUGGUAUUUUUCUUCUCUGUCGUUGUACACUUAACUUUAUGUUUUUUUAAUUCAGCAUAUAUAUAGGCAGCCCUACAUAGCAGUUUUUUCUGCUGAAAGUGAUACAAAUUUUAUCAAAUCAUUCAUUAUUUAACAGUAUGGCGUGUAGCAUUUCUUUACAUUAGUGUACAGAAACAGUAAAAUGAUGCAUUUAGCAUUUUUAAAACAUGGAAAUAUCGUAUAGCCUCUUUCAGAUAUUGUUUGUAAUAGUUUCGUUUCUGCAUCGAUUU